CGCACAUUUUUAUGUGAACAUCGGCCGGUGGGGACAUUUUGAAAUAAGUAGCUAGCUGGUAUUCGUAUGUGUGAAUGGACUAAGGUUGACGUUGCAAGUGUAUUAUUUGUAUAAGUCAUACAUAAAUAUAUAUGCAUAUAUAAAAAUAAGAUGUCACAGAAGUCGGACACUGAAGAAACAAGCGUGUAACACCCGGUCCAAGGUGAGUUCCUGUCCAGGCCCACUCUUCUAAGACAGUCAGACCACGGGGCCCUACUCUCAACUAGCCUUAAGAUGGCAGACACAGAGGAGUUUGUGGAUGGCGAGAACCUCCCAGAGUGUCCUGCACAGGUGGGGUCAGCAGCUGCUUUUAGGGGGGAGCAGGGGGAGCCCUUUAAAACAGAGAGCACCACCAGCUUUCCACCAGGAGAAGAGUGGGACAGUCCCUUGCAGAUGGAGGGUGAGCCCAGCCUGCUCUCCAUGCCCUGCCUCAUGAAGGAGCUAAGGAGAGACUCUCCAGAGUCCCAGCACGCCUCCACCAGCAGUGACAAGCCCGCCUCAGGCCACGUCUACGAGAGCGACUCCUCCAACCCCUGUAUGCUCUCGCCCUCCUCCAGUGGUCACCAGGCCGACUCAGACACACUCUCUUCUGGUGAGGAGGGAGCCGCCUCGCGGGCGUCAGGGGAUGAGGGCACCACGGUGGCUGACACCGGGCUGGCAGCAGGGUGCCAAACGUCAUCGUCAAGCAGGCAAAAGUCCCGGCGUUCACGUUCUGAAAGUGAGAUGUCCACCAACACAAUGGCAGCCAAGAAGAACCGCUGCCAGCCGGCUGUGGCAGGAGGAGCAGGCGGCGAGAAGCAGACCAACGGCCGGCUGGCUAAAGUCAAAGGUCACCGGAGCCAGAAGCACAAGGAGCGGAUACGGCUGCUGAGGCAGAAGCGUGAGGCAGCGGCGAGGAAGAAGUACAACCUGCUGCAGGACAGCAGUACAAGUGACAGCGACCUCACCUGUGACUCUAGCACCAGCUCCUCUGAAGAUGAGACAUCAGGCGGCAAGACAAUCACCACAGAUAUCCCAGCUGGCUUCUGCCGUGCAGCGGAGGGUUCCGGAGUGAGCGCUCAGAUUCAGGACCUGUUGGACAGCGGUGGCUCGUGGGACAGGAACAGCAUUGGCAGCGUGCUGGAGGAGGCCAUGACGCGCUUCGCCGUGAUGCAGCAGCAGACCGAGGAGCGCUUCCGCGUCUGGAUGGAGAAGCUGACGCGCCUCGACUCGGACGACAGCGGCGACUCAUCCAUCCACUCGAGCGACGCCCCUGUGCGGCACCGUCACAGGGCGCCACGCCCGUCACUGCCCAGCUCCUUCCUUCCCUCGUCGGAGUCGCAGGAGACAAUGGUGGUGUACAUGUUGGCCCAGGAGAACAUCACCAUGAGCAGCAUGUCCCCCGAUCCCCUCAACAACAACGUCCUGCCUGACGUAGUGCCAGUGGCCACCCAAAAUGGAAACCCGGACAUUUCCGACCCCGGGCUAUUGAAAGUUUAGAUGGGCUUGUUUGACUCAUGGACUGCAUUAGUGUUGUAUUUCCAGAAUGGAUAAAGUUCCAUUACCAUCACGCACACAGUGAUGAUUGCAGAUGUGCUUAUCUGAUUUCCAAAUGUUAUCGUUGAUUUUAGUCACCAAGCCACCAAUUCUACUGAAAGUCCAUUAUGUGCAGUAUUCCAUACUAGUUAACCCGGAGAGCAUGGCAUUGCCUGUGUUUUUACAUAAAGACUGUACAAGUACAAAAACAACACAAUCAACCGCAGUUAGAAACAGGUGAUUACAUUUGAAUGGCACUCUAAAGUCCUCCAUGCCUGCAGAACUUGAAUCACUGUGAUUCACUGCACUGAAUCCAUGUGAAAUCUCUUAAUGCGUUUUAAACAACUCAACGGAGCCAAAUGACUUGUUUGUACUGCAUAACAUGCAUCAUUGACACGGACAAUGCAUAUUUUAUCGACAGAUACUGUCAAGUCAGGGCUCUCAUUGUAUUGCUUGCAGUAUGGCCUAUUCCAAAAGUAUACAUGUUUACCAGCUAACACACACACACUGUGUCAGUUCGCACAAAAACGUGCAUUACAGCACCCCAGACAACCAAUUAGGCAGGGGGCUGCUUCAUAGCAUGUGCCUUGACAUACUGAAUUCAUGCUGGGAAUGAGAACGUUGUGAGGAAUAUCAUACUGCCAUUUUACUCAGAGCAACAGCCACUAGGUUAGGAUUUGUAAUUGAUUAAAUACUGCUCUACUAACAGUAAACAUUCUGGAGAGAAUUAUAUUCUUAACGCAAUAUACCCACUGCCCCAUAUGAUUCCUUGAAUUUGUAUGUCCAACUCAGAACGUUGUUAAACUUUUAUAUGUAGGUAGAGUGGAUGUCUCUUUUCACCUGAACAGCUGUUGUGGUGGCACUGAUACUGUGAAAGAUUAGGCCUAAUACAGUGAUAGCAGUUGAGAGAAACGUUUUUUUUUUUUUUAAAUUUUAUGUGCAGAUUGUGGGCCUUAGAUGUGUUAUCUUUUGAGUUGAACAAGAGAUAAAAUAUCAAUAUUAUUAUUUUCAUAUCCUCAUAGUGGUGAGUAGGGCGGGAACAAUACCUGUAUCACAAUAUUUUUUCCAUGGUAAAAAAGAACACGAAGCAGAUCAAACUCUUUGGUCCUUUAAAAAACUGCUGUAGAUAAAAUAUUCUGUGCUAUAGCUGGAUGACAACAUAAUGUUUGUUUCUGACCUUAGGGCUGUUUUCCUAAAUGUUAAAUCUGCUUUGUUUUUUGUUUCCUUGCCACGAUACUAACGCAAUACUGGUAUAGUCCCGGCCCUAGUAGUUAGGUGUUGGUUGUGUGUUUGUCUGCCAACCUGGCCUGUGCUUGAUGCAAACGCAGCCUUUUUUAGACUAGUAGUUGUAUUGAUAAUACUUGUAUUAUCAAACUGAAACCAGGUUUCACACUAACACAACAGACGUUGGGUUCCAGAGUGGUAAAGCGUAUGUUUGUUUACUAGUUCCUAUAUCGGCCUACAUAAGAUACAGGUGACAACGUGGCUUUUUCUGGUUCAGAUCCUGUUGCUUGAGUCUGAACAACCUUCUCCAGUUUCUUGUAAAAUAAUAAAGAUGGGGCCUCCCAUGUGGCUCAGCGGUCUAAUGCUGACCCCGGUCACCAGUGGAAAGGUGUUUUCUCCGACACAUUGGUGCAGCUGGCUUCCGGUUAAGCUGGUGGGUGUUAAGAAGAGCGGUUAGGCGGGUCACGUUUCCGAGGACGCGUGACUCCACCUUCUCCUCUCCCGAGACCGUUGGGGAGUUGCAGCGAUAAGACAAGAUUGAAAAAGGGGGGUAAAAAAAAAAGAAGAGAACUUCUUAAAACACCACAUUCAGGACAGCUAAAGGAACAAAUCUGGAAGCAUAUUCAGUUGGGCUGUAUCUUUUGGUGUAUCGCAAUUUGCAGAUCAAAAUGUACUGUGGAAUAUAGCGACAGUUAUCAAUUCCACAUGGUUUAAACUGCAUCAAAUUCUUACUGUUUGCUUGUGAUCUUCACUGUAUGUCAGUGUCAAAUAUGUGUUCAUAUGCUCAUGAAUUGUAGUGAUUGACAUUCUUUGAUACAUUUUUUUUUUAACCUUUUAUGUUAACAAGACUUUGUCCACCUUCCAUCUCCUGCCUUUAAUUUCAUGGUGCACAGUUCAUUUGAUAUAUUUGGUUUGCCUUAUUGUCUGGUAUGGAUCACAGUACUGUAAAUUGUCUUCUAUUUGUUUACCACAGUAUUGUAUCAUGUCAGCAUCUCACUGGAGAGCGAGAGCGAGCCCAGUUUUACAAGUACAUCAAAUACCUUUAUGGUUAUUCUCCAUUGAGGACAGGUAUGAUUAACAAAGUGAGAAUCUUGGUUUAUAUUAGUCAUUUUUAUCUUCAUUAGGCCUAGUUAUAGGGAGGGCCAAGAGUUGUUCCUGACCCUGUGAUUCUGAUCAGCCAGGAAAACUCUGGGCCCUUAUCCUUUGGAUCCUUUUUAUUUUGGCCCCCUCAAAGUUUUUAAUAAAGAAUGUAUGUGUACAAAACAUGAAGGACACAUGCUCUUUCCAUGACAUAGCCACCCUUUGCCUUGACGGCUUUGCACACCUGGUCUGUCUAUUUGAAUAAUCUCAAAUAUAACAUAUAUAUUUUGAUUUGUUUAACACUACAUGAUUCCAUAUGUGUUAUGUCAUAAUUUUGAUGUCUUCGCUAUUAUUCUACAAUGUAGAAAAUAGUAAAAAAUAUAGAAACUCUUGAAUUAGGUUUUCUAAAACUUUUGACCGGUAGUGUUUAUAUAAAACACAGUGCACUUGGAAAGUAUUCAGACCCCAUCACAUUGUUAGGUUACAGCCUUCUUCUAAUUUUUGUAUUUAAAAAGAAAUAAAAAAUGCUCAGUCUACACACAAUACCCCAUAAUGACGAAGCAAAAAGUACUUAAAAAAACAACAUCCGCUUCAGAUCCUCUCAAGCUCUGUCAGGUUGGAUGGGGAGUGUCUCUGCACAGCUAUUUUCAGCUCUCUCCAGAGAUGUUAAAUCAGAUUCAAGUCCGGGCUCUGGGCUCGGCCACUCAAGGAUAUUCAGAGACUUGUCCCAAAGCCACUCCUGCGUUGUCUUGGAUAUGUGCUUAGAUAUGUCCUGUUGGAAGGUGAACCUUCGCCCCAGUCUGAGGUCCUGAGCGUUCUGGAGCAGGUUUUCAUUAAGGAUCUCUCUGUACUUUGCUCCGUUCAUCUUUCUCUCGAUCCUGACUGGUCUCCUGCAUCUGAAAAACAACCCCACCAUGCUUUACCGUAGGGCUGGUAUUGGCCAGGUGAUCAGCGGGGCCUGGUUUCCUCCAGAUGUGAUGCAUGGCAUUCAGGCCAAAGAGUUCAAUCUUGGUUUCAUCAGAUCAGAGUCCUUUAGGUGCCUUUUGGCAAACUCAGUGGGCUGUUGUGCCUUUUACUGAGGAGUGGCUUCCGUCUGGCCACUCUACCAUAAAGGCCUGGUUUGGUUGAGUGCUGCAGAGAUGGUUGUCCUUCUGGAAGGUUCCCCUUCCUUCUGGAAUGUUAUCCCAUUCCCACAGAGCAACUCUGGAGCUCUGUCAGUGUCACCAUCAGAUUCUUGGUCAACUCCCUGACCAAGGCCCUUCUCCCCCGAUUGCUUAGUUUGGCCGGGCAACCAGCUCUAGCAAGAGUCAUGGUGGUUCCAAGAUUCUUCCAUUUAAGAAUAAUGGAGGCUACUGUGUUCUUGGGGAAAAUGCUGCAGGCAUUUUUUGGUACCCUUCCCCAGAUCUGUUCACGACACAAUCCUGUCUUGGAGCUCUACGGACAAUUCCUUUGACAUCGUGGCUUGGUUUUUGCUCUGACAUGCACUGUCAACUGUGUGACCUUAUAUAGACAGUUGUGUGCUUUUCUAAAUAAUGUCCAAUUAAUUGAAUCAGCCGCAGAUGGACUCCAAGUUGUAGAAAUAUCUCAAGGAUGAUUAGUGUAAACAGGAUGCACCUGAGCUCAAAUUCGAGUCUCGUAGCAACUGGUCUGAAUACUUACGUAAAUGAGGUAUUAAAAAAAAAAAAAAUCAUUUUAGAAUAAGGCUGUCACAUAACAAUGUGGAAAAAGUCCAGGAGUCUGAAUACUUUCCGAAGGCACUGUAUGAACUGUAACUCUGUAAAAUCUUUGAAAUUGUUGCAUUUUUAUGUUUUGUUCUGUACAUUUUCAUCUCAAAGCAGUCUCGGACUGCCCGCUGACCGUGCUGCAAUGAUCUCUGUCAGAUCCCGCGGGAAUGCAGCCCUCUAGUGCAGGAUUAGGUGGUGACGGGUCCCAUCAGGGUCAGACAGCCAGGCAAGACCAGUCUAUAGAGUUCAGGGGAAUUUUACAGUAUAUAACAAUAUCAGUGAAUGAUACAACGUUCCAUCUUGACUUGAUGGGUAAGACCUACAGUAGCUACAAGACAGCAGCUUAAAGCUACAGUCUGGGAUCUGGGAAUAAUGGUCAUUUUCAAUUAUUGAACCAUUUGAUUCUAUUUUUGGAUAAAAUUAUGUAUAAAUGUACACCAAGUUAAUUAUUUGUCAUGCCUCAAUUUAAGAGGUUCGGAUGGUGACAGGGUCAGUUAGCCAAGGAAGACCAGUCUGUGACGGAGCUGAGGUGAACGCAACACUUUUAUUUUCUCUGUGAAGCAAACCCUGAACACGCCAGAUGCUUUUAUUUUUUAGGCGGCAUGACAAACCACAAGUUGUUUUACAAACUGGUCAAGGGGUAUUAGAGGCUUUUCCCGAUGACACAAAACAUGUAAAACAAAAAUGUGAAGAAGACCUGGUAGAAGCUAUCGAUGAUGAUGAAUGGAUACAGAUGUGUUUGAAUGCCCAGUCAUGUGCAUAUCAUCUCAGUCAUAGAUUUCUGCAGUUUAAGACCAUCCUUAGAAUGUAAUAUAUGCCAGUGAAACUGAAUUACAUGCACUCAGAAAUGUCAUUCCUCUGCUGGAGAUGUAAACACAAAAGGGGACAUAUUUGCAUAUGUUUUGGUCUUGUGAAGGCUGGCUGAAUUCUGGCAAAGAGUAUGAUCUUUUAUCUCAGCAUGUCUACAGAUUCUCCCAUCUCCCUGUUUUUUUUUUUUUUUGCUUAGAAAUGUUGAUACUGGAGACCAUCUGAAGAAACAGUGUAAUCAGAAAUGUAUUACAAGAUUAAGGGUAUACUGGGCAACUUUCAUGAGGUCUGGAUUACUUGAAUGGAAUACAGUACGACUAAAGGAGUCUGUAUUGAAAACGUGCCCACGUCAUGGAAGAUACCUAUUUCGGCAAUCCCUAGCUGCUGGAUUGCUCAGUCCUGGCCCUGGGUGUCUGCCAUCCUGUGGGUUGUCACGUUGGCCUUGGCCUAAAACACCCUAAACCAAUAAUGAAUGUUUCACUAAGAUCCUAAACCUUAGUGGGGUGUGUUGGGUUGAGGUGCUGCAGGGUGGUGGACCACUAGCAACAGGACGGAGUGACAUUGCUUUAUUAUGUGCAAAAAAUGAUGUAAAAAGAGCUCUAUCGUACUAUUAGGCCCAUGAGAUUAAUUAUUUGGAGAAUUUGCUGUUUCUGGUUGUUAAAGUAUAUUUGAGGUGUAUGUGUUAUGUCUUUUUUUUUUACCUUUCACUUGGGAACAACAAAAAAAUAAAGAUGGGAACUGGUAAGGAA